GGUUGAAGCAAAUAUCUGGCUUACAACGCUUCACAUAAAAUUCUGUCUCUCUUUGAUUUCGUGGGAUUCUCGUUUCCCAUCCUCCGAAUUCAGAGGGCAUGCCUCAUAACUAGAUUCCGACCUCUGAUUUUCUGAUAAUGGCGACUGCUCCUUCUCCAAUUUGCUUUUCAUCUUCUUUCAUUUCCUCUCCUGCUUCCUUUCCCGACACAAAUUUCAGAUUUCCCUUUAGUUCUUCUGUUCGACCUCCGAAAUUCAAUCCCAAAAGGCUCAGGGUUCAAGCCCUUAAAGAGAAAACCGGCGAAAUUGAACGCCCAUCUCCAUCUCAAUCUCCGUCUUCCUCUUCAGCAGAUGAAGUUACCAAGAAGUAUGGACUUGAAGCUGGUCUCUGGAAGAUAUUUAGCUCAAAGGAGGAGGGUGAAGGAAAAGACAAAUCAAAGGGGGAUCAGGCAAAGGAGCUGCUUGCAAAAUAUGGAGGUGCAUAUUUAGCCACCUCCAUAACUCUAUCCCUGAUCUCUUUCGCUGUGUGUUACGCGCUCAUCAGUGCCGGUGUCGACGUUCAAGCUCUUCUGCAGAAGGUAGGAAUUUCGGUCGAUGGGAAUGGAGAGAAAGUUGGAACGUUUGCAUUGGCAUAUGCAGCGCAUAAAGCAACUUCUCCAAUAAGGUUUCCUCCAACGGUGGCCCUUACUUCAGUGGUUGCAACUUGGAUUGGGAAGAAAGUAGAGGAAGAGAAUUAGCAUAACUCUCAGUAUUAGUCAUUUGUUAGAGUUUUAUCUAAGAUAUUAUUUUAUUUGAUAGUGUAUAUUCAGCUAAAUCCCAUAUAGAUUGCAUACUAAAUCCCAUACAGAUGGGCGUUUGAUUUCGAAGUUAAUAAAAUGGUUAAAGAGUCUCAAUUUCUUA